ACUCACCCAGAGGUGUUUGGACUGCAUGAGAAUGCCGACAUCACCAAAGAUAACCAGGAGACUAACCAGCUGUUUGAAGGGGUCCUUCUCACUCUGCCCAGGCAAACAUCAGGAAGUGGGAAAUCUUCCCAGGAAAUUGUUGAAGAUUUGGCAAGAGAUAUACUUAAUAAAUUGCCAAAUGAUUUCAAUCUGGAUAAAGUGAUAGAAAAAUAUCCCGUGGUCUAUGAGGAAUCAAUGAAUACAGUGCUUAGACAGGAACUGAUUCGCUUUAACAGGCUCACAGAUGUUGUACGAAGCAGUCUGAUCAAUUUAGGUAAAGCUAUCAAAGGCCAAGUGUUGAUGUCAGCGGAGCUGGAGAAUGUGUUUAACAGUAUGCUGGUUGGGAAAGUACCUGCCAUGUGGGCUGCAAAAUCCUACCCUUCACUGAAACCUCUGGGCAGCUAUGUAUCUGACUUGCUCUCCCGCCUGCAGUUCCUACAGGAUUGGAUAGACAACGGUCCACCUAAAGUGUUCUGGAUAUCAGGAUUUUAUUUCACCCAAUCAUUUCUGACGGGCGUUUCCCAGAAUUAUGCUAGAAAAUAUACAAUUCCUAUUGACCAUAUUGGAUUUCAGUAUGAGGUGACCAGUUACGAGCACACCAUAGACACAUCUCCAGAAGAUGGUGCGUACAUCAGAGGACUCUUCUUAGAGGGCGCACGCUGGGACAGACAAGAGAUGCAAAUUGAAGAAUCUCUUCCCAAAAUCCUGUAUGAUCCUCUACCUGUCAUAUGGCUGAAACCAGGAGAAAGUGCAAAAUUUGAGCACAAAAACUCAUACUUCUGUCCUAUAUAUAAAACCAGUGCUAGGCGGGGAACGCUCUCAACCACUGGCCAUUCCACCAACUAUGUCCUCUCUAUAGAACUUCCCACAGACAAACCUCAGAAACAUUGGAUAAACCGCGGUGUGGCAGCUCUUUGCCAACUUGAUGAUUAA